AGUAAAAUAAAAUAAGAGUGAAAAAAGAGAAGCUAAAUAAAACUGGAACAAAGGGUCCUCCUCCUCCUCCUCCUCCUCUUCCUCCUCCUUCUUUAUUACUUUCCUACAACCCAAAAACAGAUUCAGAGACGGACACAGAGCGAAAUUUAAGAGAAAUGGGGAUCGUUUCUCAGGAAGCGAUUAAGCAGUUCCAAGCUUUGAUGGAUCAAGUUGAUGAGCCACUCAAGAGAACAUUUCAGAAUGUUCAUCAAGGAUAUCCUCUUGAGACUUUCGGCCGUUUUCUCAAAGCAAGAGAGUGGAAUGUCGCCAAAGCCCAUAAAAUGUUGGUAGAUUGUUUAAAUUGGAGGGUACAAAAUGAGAUUGACAAUAUAUUGGCCAUGCUGACAUUUUUGGAGUCUUCCUCCAUGCAGAAACCGAUUGUUCCAACUGAAUUAUACCGGUCAGUACGAGAUUCACAGCUCAUAGGUCUUUCGGGUUACUCAAGAGAGGGUUUGCCAGUCUUUGCCAUUGGUGUUGGGCUAAGUACAUUUGACAAAGCAUCUGUUCACUACUAUGUGCAGUCACACAUUCAAAUUAAUGAAUAUCGAGAUCGUAUAAUUUUGCCCUCUGCAUCGAGGAAGUAUGGUAAGCCUAUUACCACCUGCGUGAAGGUUUUAGAUAUGACUGGUUUGAAGCUCUCAGCACUAAGCCAAAUUAAGUUAUUGACAAUUAUAUCAACAAUUGAUGAUUUGAACUACCCGGAGAAGACAAAUACAUACUACAUUGUAAAUGCCCCAUAUAUAUUCUCAGCUUGUUGGAAGGUUGUCAAGCCCCUUUUGCAGGAGCGGACAAGGAAAAAAGUGCAGGUGUUGUCUGGUUGUGGUAGGGAUGAACUGUUGAAGAUAAUGGAUUAUGGAUCUCUUCCACAUUUUUGUAAAAGAGAAGGUUCGGCUUUCAUCAACAGCUCUACAACUACAUCAAGCAGCAAUCUUUGA